AUGCCGCACCGGGGCGACGACAGGGACGGUCACCUCAAAGUGGCGCCGGGCGACAAUCUGUCCAGUAGAUUCAAGGUCCUGAGCCAGAUGGGCGAGGGUACGUUCGGGCGCGUGAUGGAGUGCUGGGACCGCGAGCGCCGCGCGUACUGCGCCAUCAAGAUCAUCCGCAACGUGGAGAAGUACCGCCACGCCGCGAUGAUCGAACUCGAAGUGCUCAACACCGUCCGCAUCAACGACCCCGCGGGCUCCCACCACUGCGUGCCGCUCCUCGACUGGUUCGACUUCCGGGGCCACAUCUGCAUGGUGUUCGAGCGCCUCGGCCCGUCCCUGUUCGACUUCAUCCGCAAGAACGGCUACAAGGGCUUCCCGCUGGCGUACGUGCAGUCCUUCGCGCGGCAGCUGCUCGAGUCGGUGGCGUACCUGCACUCGAUCGACCUGUGCCACACGGACCUGAAGCCCGAGAACAUCCUCGCGGCGGGCCCGCGGUACGUGAAGGCGGAGGGCGACCCGGGCCCGCUGGGCCGGCGCGUGCCCACCGACCCGACGAUCCGCGUGAUCGACUUCGGGUCCGCGACGUUCCGCGACCAGUACCACUGCUCGGUGGUGUCCACGCGGCACUACCGCGCGCCGGAGAUCAUCCUGGGCAUCCCGUGGUCGGCCCCGUGCGACGUGUGGUCGGUCGGAUGCAUCAUGGUCGAACUCGUCACGGGCGACGCGCUGUACCAGACGCACGACAACCUCGAGCACCUCGCGAUGAUGGAGCAGACCCUCGGGCCGAUCCCGGCGUCGAUGGUCCAGGGCGCGCACCGCGACGCGCUCAAGUACUUUGCGGUGCCGGGGGGGCGCCGCGGGGAGGUCGGCGCGCUGAACUGGCCCACGGGGUGCCGCAGCGCGCGGAGCCUGCGCGCAGUGCAGAAGUUGACGCGCGUGCGCGCGAUGAUGGUCAAGCACGGCGACCCGCUGCUGGCUCGCGACGCGGCGGUGGCCGACGCGCUCGGGGCGCUCAUCGAGGGAAUGCUGGAGCACCGCCCGGGGCGACGGAUGACCGCGCGGGAGGCCCUCGCGCACCCGUUCUUCUCCAUGGAGCUCGAGCUGCCGGGGAGCUUUGGCGCAGCGAUGGGGGGCAGCCUGCUGCCGAGGCCGCGGGUGGCCGUGGCGGCGGGGGGUGGCGGGGAGCGGGAGGAGCGGAGGAGAAGUCGCGAGGAGGACGCGCGCGGCGGGGAGGCGGAGGCGGCGAGGGGGUCGGAGCGGGGGGCCGCGCGGCGGGUGAAGCGCGAGCGGUCGGGGGAGCAGGAGGCGGGCGCGGGGCGCGGGGCGAAGCGGAGACCGCCGGACGAGGGGGCGGAGGACGGGUGGGGCGAGCGCCGGAGGGGCGAGAGCGGGGGCGCGAGCGGCGCCGGGAUCGGGCACGACGUGCGCGUGGUGGCUGCGUAG